AUGCUUUCAGAUGCUGCAUUCAGCCGCUGCCUGGGGCAUGACACCAUUAGAAAGGACCAGUUAAAACUGAGGAUGAGUGCCAGGGCCAAGGAAUUAACCCACGGCAGAAAGCAACCACUCGAGGACGCAGGCAGCAAGGGAGGCCUCGCCGUGCUGGACCUCACCAGGGAUAUGUGCACCCUGGGCCCUGCUUCCCCGGGCCAAAUCCCUUCUAGGAAAACGCCACCCCUGAGCGGGAACGCACCGAGCUCCUCGCGGCGGCUGCACAAAACCUGCAGCUCGAGCCUGCUGCAGGCCCCGGUCACCGGCGCGAGGCGGCGGGAAGCACUGACCUCUGCGGGGCUGCACCGAGGAGCUACGCGGCGCCUCUUCUCGGCGGAAGCGGGGCCGUCACUAACCGCCGCCUCGGGGCCUGCUCCCCGCAGGAUCGCCGACUUCCAGGAGGUGCUGGGCGAGCCCACGGUGGCGCUGGCCAAGCUGCGCGAGCUCUGCUUCAGCGGAAUCCCCUUUGACGGUGGGCUGCGCUGCCUGUGCUGGAAGAUACUCUUGAACUACCUCCCUUUAGAGAAAGCCUUAUGGAGCUCUUUGCUGAAGAAGCAGAGGGAUCUGUAUUCCCAGUUUCUGAAGGAAAUGAUUAUCCAGCCUGGGAUUGCCAAAGCCAACCUGGGUGUUUCCAGGGAAGAUGUGACCUUGGAAGAUCAUCCCCUCAAUCCAAACCCGGACAGUCGAUGGAAUACCUACUUCAAGGAUAAUGAAGUGCUUCUCCAGAUCGACAAAGAUGUCAGGCGGCUGUAUCCAGACAUGGCAUUCUUCCAACGCCCGACCGACUACCCCUGCCUCUUAAUCCUGGACCCUCAAAAUGAGUUUGAGACGCUGCGCAAACGGGUGGAACAGACCACACUCAAGUCACAGACAGUGGCACGAAACCGCAGUGGGGUUACAAAUGUGAGCUCCCCUCUUAAAACACCUCCUAAUUCUCUGAGCGAGUAUGAAGUUCUGCCCAAUGGCUGUGAAGCUCACUGGGAAGUGGUGGAGCGAAUCCUGUUCAUCUAUGCCAAGCUGAACCCCGGCAUCGCAUACGUGCAGGGCAUGAAUGAAAUAGUGGGGCCUCUUUACUACACCUUUGCUACAGACCCUAACAGCGAGUGGAAAGAGCACGCUGAAGCAGAUACAUUUUUCUGCUUUACCAACCUAAUGGCUGAGAUUCGGGACAACUUCAUUAAGAGCUUGGAUGAUUCUCAGUGUGGCAUUACCUACAAAAUGGAGAAGGUCUAUUCCACCCUGAAGGAGAAAGAUGUGGAGCUGUAUUUGAAACUGCAAGAACAGAACAUCAAACCUCAGUUCUUUGCCUUCCGCUGGCUGACGCUGCUCUUGUCCCAAGAGUUCCUGCUGCCAGAUGUCAUCCGUAUCUGGGACUCCCUCUUUGCUGAUGACAAGCGUUUUGAUUUUCUUCUGCUCGUCUGUUGUGCCAUGUUGACACUAAUCCGGGAUCAGUUGCUGGAAGGAGACUUCACUCUGAACAUGAGGCUGCUACAGGAUUAUCCUAUCUCUGAUGUCCACCUGAUUUUGAAGAAGGCAAAGGAACUUCAGGAUUCCAAAUAAUCCAUGAGCCUGGCAAAAAGUGUCAGAGAAACUGCAUGGCAGUGGAUCCUAGGAGAUGCCCCCACACAGGGUGAUGCACUAAAACUCCUAGAGAUCUCUGCAGGACUUCAAGUUUUGUGUUUUGGCAACUGGCCACCUUGAAGAUUUUCUUCUACUCUAUUUAUUAGGUCAAGGACUGAAUGCUUCCCCAUCUACUUGGGUCCUGCACUCCAUAUUUUUCAAAUCUUAAAUGCCUCCAUACUGCCAAAAGCAGUCCUUUGUAUCUUUUUUUAAUGACUUUAAGUCUGGGGAGAAAGAAACCAUCUAUCUGCAUAUCCCUCAAGUCCUGUGGGAUGAAAUCCUUCUGCAUUAUGGAAGUAUGCUCGUGUGGAGUAACUUCUGAUGAGGAAGGGACAGGUUGGAUCCAGUGAAGUUGGUGGGUGAGUAUAGAAGGAUCUUUCUCCUCUAAAUAGAAUGUAUCCCACUGGAGUCGCUCAUUCUGCCGUUCACGUAGCUUCUGGAUUCUUCUCCUUCAUGUCUGCACUUAGCCAUCACGGGGAUGUGCAAAAAGGAGGACUGCAUCAGCUUCUGGUGUGUGUCAUCUGACAUCCAGCUGUUCGGACUGCCACAGGAGGGAGAGACUUGGAGAAGCUGAGAUGGUUGGACACAGUUACAGCGCGCUGCUUUGCGCACGGAAGUCGCCCGAACCCAGAGUCGCCUUAUCAACAAGGUCUCCUCGAAAGACAAACUGGUGGUUUUAAUCAACGAGGGAGGUUUAGGUUAAGUCAAGCCUUAUUACGCACAGCCUUAGAGCAGGCAGUUGUUGCUGCAGGGAGGCUGACACCUCUAGCAGUCUGAUCAGCACCAAUACUGGUUUCUGAGCUCUGAACUGGAGGAUAUCCAGCUACAAUCAGGAUUCUGAAACACAAGAAAUGGGCAUCUAGUACAUGCUGUGAAGACAGCUGUAUCUAGGGGCUAGUACAGGCAUGACGUUGGGGUUUUCUGCCUCAUUGACUUGCAUAAUACUGCCCCACAUAAGCUGUGGUCACAGUAACCUUGGAAUUACUUAACAGCAAUUCUUGCCAGGGAAGAGUUUUUUGCUUUUAGGUCAGACCUGUACCAUGUCUUUUUCUGGUGUGUUCCAGCGGGGAUACAAGCAUUUCAGUCGUUGGCUGACUCCUAGGGAUGGUCCCCUUCUCUGUGUACCAGUCCUAUGGGAGUUGCUGUCCUGAAUUGGAGGUUUGUCCCUCUUGAGAGGGAAACCGUUGCAUUUCAAAUACAGUGGAUCAGGCUU